CUCCGUCGGGGUCUCACAAAGCGGAACGAUUGGUUUCAUGUCUUAUUUUCCGGCGGACCACAGAGCCGAUCAUGGCGACUCUCAGCGGCAGUCGUGGGGAUCGCUUCGGCAACACUAAUCAACAAAAGUCUUCUUUUGCAUCUCCAGAGAAAGUCCGAGAACUUCUUAAUGCAGGGGUGUCCUCAACACAAAUCGGAUCUAGUAGUGAACUAGAAAAUGUGAAAUUUCUGGAAGUAAAAAGCAACACUCAAGCAACUUGUGAGGCAACGAACAAAGAGGCAUUUUUCUCAAGAGUGGAGUCCUAUUCAUGUUUGAAAUGGGCAGGCAAACCUCGCACACUGUCCCCCCUCAUUUGCGCCAGAUAUGGCUGGAUCAACGUCGGCUGCGAUAUGCUCAAGUGCUCCAGCUGCCAGGCGUUCCUCUGUGCAACACUACAACCAACUUUGGACUUUGAAAAAUAUGGAUCCCGCAUUGCGGAGAUUUCGAGGCAGCUUCAGAUGCAGCAUGAGAACUUUUGUCCCUGGCCUGACUUUCCAAGCCCAGAGCGUUUCUGGCUGCUUCCAGCAUGUGAACCGUCAGCCCUUCUCACCGCCUUCUUAGAGCGUUUCCAGAGCACCUGUCUGCUAGCACAGCAGCUGCCUGCCAUGAAGCCGGAGCAGCUGAAGUGUAUGUCUUUGACAGAGGAGGUCAUCAGUGUUAUACUGCAGCUGAUCGAGGAUGAACAAAAGAAAAAGAGAGAUUCUCCGUGUUCUGAACCCUUGGCUGUCCAGGUGGCUGCAUGCAUAGUUUCUCUCUGUGGCUGGUCUGCAAGCCCGGCCCUGCAAGCCAUGAACCUGCCCAUCCUCAGAUGCUCGUACUGUAUGCGCAAGGUGGGCUUGUGGAACUUCUUCCAGAUGGAGGGAACGCUAUGCGAUGGAGACGCUUCAACACAUACUGUAAGGCCCUCUACUCCAACCACAGGUACUGCUGCAGUGGCCCCGUCUGAGGGCCAGGGGGACCUGCUUGCUUCUGCCUCAUCCACCCCUCCAUGUCGCAUGAAGCUGAGGAGCCGGGACUCCACCCGAUCUGACCAGGGUGAGGGAACUUCUUCCCCCGUGUCUUUGCGGGCCCGAAGCAGAGACUCACCAAGCCCCGUUGAAGAGCUUCAAAGUCCUUUGGGCAAGGGCAAAAGGACUGCGACUCGCGGUAGAGGACAGGGGGAUAACGCUGGUUCUGAGUGCCCUGCCAGCCCACGGCCCCCUCCUAAACGCCUGUGCCUGUCAUCAGUUGGUGGUCCUGAUGAUCUCCUGCCCAAGAAUGCGUUCGACCCCCUGGCUCAGCACAGAGACUGGUGUCCCUGGGUCUCUGUGGGAAAGGAGAAUGUGGAUCCAGGUGUGAUCCCCUUUUUGGAUGGAGGCUCUGUGAUGCAUCAGCAGGGCUGGAAGGCUGCUCUCAAUCUCCUCAUGCCAAUGAAGAAAAACUCCAACCUAGCAGGAGGAAGCCCAGGACAGGGCCCUCGGGACAAGUCUAAAAGGGUGUUUGCUAUAUUUCGUCAGUGGCAGGUAUCCUACUCUCCGUCUCAGUAGACUGUUUCCAUCACACAGCAUUUCAACACUGAAUUGAUGAACUGAGCGGCUGUUAUUUUUUGGUACAGAGUCCAAUGACAGGAGUGUCAUAUCAUAUCGAUGUAUGCCAUCCCUUUUCAAAGUCAUGUUUACAGUCGAAAGUGUUUCUGGAGGGAAAGGAAGAUGAAUGUGUCUCCAAGCAAAUAAAUGAUUGUGUUCUCUGAACAGUGAAAUAUGUGAAGGAUGCCUGUUUGGCUUUACAACCUUUAAAUCCUGAUUCAUGAACAUUGAAAUGUGCAGUAUUUGGGGCUUCUAUAUGCCUGUAUCAUGUAUACACAAGUAGCACGACAUUUCUGCGAACAAAUUAGCCACAAACCAGGCCUGUACCGUUUACCUCCCAAGAAGUCUGAUUCAGCAGUCCAUAUCAUCAUGAGUCUGGAUUUCUGUGAAAUACAACAAAAUAAAUCCCUUAUCCUGAGAAAAGGCCAAAUGGCUUCACACUGGAAAGGCAAUGUUUACCUUCAAUGUAUGUUGAGUCAUUGGAGGGAGUGGUCAGUUUUUAACCUCAGAUUAGCAAAAAAAACUGUGAGGAAGUACUCUGUGUGUGUGCCGUUGUGCUGAAAAGUAAUGUGGAUAUAAGUUCUCUUUUGAAAAGAACAGUCCUUUUUUUGAUAUUGUCAGAUAUUUGUGUUCAUACAUCAAUCCUGAUUCCUGAAGGCAGGAGGAACCGUGUGCCAUAACUUCAAACCUGUCUGGAAUUACAUUCAGGAUGACAGUACUUCCUUUUUGCCUUCCUGUGACAUCUCCAUUCAAAAUGCAGUUUUCUCUGUCUUGCAUGUGGGUUUAUCAAAGUAAAUUUUCCUAUAAGGGUUUAAUAAAAUGCUCUUCCAAAAGUGUGUUA